AUUUUUAGACAAAUUUUAAAAUUUUGCACUUUAUUUUCAUUAAAAAAUUUAAUUUUAAAAAAUAUUUUAUUAUUUUAAUAAAGUUUAAUACAUUUUUAAUUUACAAAAUAUUUUUAUUUUUUAAAAUGGACAAAGGCAACUUCAUAUUAAGCAAAUACGGCUGAAGGCCAGGAUCUGCAGGUUCAAAACAAGGUUCUGAUAUUUUUCAAACUCCUGGAAUACAAGUAAGACGACCUGUCCUUAUUCUCAAGAAAGAGCAUCUAUUUCUCAAGUUUAAUAUCAAAGAGAAUACGCAUUGAGACGUCUAUCAAACCACAAAUUUCAAAAAAUGCUCUUUGAUGACAAAACCAAUUAAAUUUUGCAGAUGGAUUCUUCAAGACAAAAUGGAAUGUUACACAUCAAGUGAUUCGGACUCGGAAUCUGGCAGCAAAACUUUAGAUCUUUCUUAUUUGAUGUUGGACACAAAUGUGUUGAAUGAACAUUUUCUUUGUACAAAUUCACCUGAAAAUUUGGAUACAUUGCUUUUGUAUCAAAAUCGUUUGAGUACAAUUCCCUAUAGUAUUGUAAGAUUUAUUAAUUUGACAACAUUAGAUGUUUCAAAUUGUGGACUAAAUGAAUUACCACAUUUUCUUGGUGAUCUUUCAAUUAGUUGUCUCAUUGCUAAGAAUAAUAAUUUAACAAAUAAUUCAUUGCCAAAAUGCUUUGAAAAUUUAUUGGGUUUAAGGGAACUCAAUUUAAGUGGAAAUAGACUCACAGAAUUUCCAGAACAGAUUCUUGAUCUUGUAGAUUUGAAAUUUCUCUAUCUCGGUGGAAAUUGUAUUUCUGAAAUUAAUAAGGAUCUAUGGAAAUUGCAACGAUUACAAGUAUUAUCCAUGGGAGGAAAUCGAUUGAUGGAAGUUCCAUCAACUUUAGGCAGAUGUACAGCUCUGCAAGCUUUAGUUCUUUGUGAUAAUAUGUUGGAAAGUCUACCCAGUUCAAUAUCAAAUUUGAAGAAUUUAAAGUCACUAUCACUUCAUAAAAAUCAUUUGCGAACACUUCCGACUGAAAUAAUAACUCUUAAAAAUCUCACAGAGCUAUCUCUACGAGAUAAUCCAUUAGUUGUGAGAUUUGUAUCAGACAUGACCCAUGAUCCACCAGCGUUAUUAGAAUUGGCAGCGAGAGUUGUCAAAAGUAAUGAUAUUACAUACGAUGACGAAGGUAUACCGAGAAAUUUAAUUGAAUACUUGAACAGUGGUCAUCGAUGUGUCAAUGUUAAUUGCCAAGGAAUAUUUUUCGAUAAUCGAGUGGAACAUGUGAAAUUUGUCGAUUUUUGUGGUAAAUAUCGUUUGCCACUUUUGCAAUAUCUUUGUAGCAGUAAAUGCAUUGAUCCACGUGAUGGCGAGGAAGAAAUGGUCAGCGGUGCAAUGAUAAGAAAAGUUCUUCUUGGCUAGGAAAAAUAUAAACGCAAAAAAAAAAAAUUUCAUCUCCAAAAUAGGUACAGACUUUUUUUUUUAAAAAAAACUUUUAAAUAAUACAGUCGAACCUUAUGAAAUGAUAUGAUCACUAAAACUUAUGGGAAUAAAUAAUAUUGCUAAUAAUAAUACAUUCAAUUUUUUUUCAAAUUGUAAAUAUCGAUUAUUUUUGAAUUCAAAUAUAAAUGAGAUCCCAUUUGACAAGUUUUGACUCUGAAAACUAAAUUUAAAAAAUUACUCUAACGUUUUCAAAAGCGUUGUAUAAUAUAUUUUUGUUAUAUUGUGUUAAAUUUCAAACACGCCAUGCCAUAUAGAUAUUUUAUAUAAAUUUAGAAAAAAAAGUGGGGAUUUACUUAAGGCUGUGUAUAAUUAGCAGAUAAGUACGUGUAUAUUUUAAUGCAAUAUAAAAUUAGAAAGCCCCACAAAAAAAGUGAUUUUUUUAAAAUAGUGUAUUCAAUUCAGAUAUACUUAAUGUAUUAUGAAUUCUCAUUUUUUAAAUCAAAAAUUGUUUUUAAUUAUUAUAAAUUAAUAUUUAAUUAACAAUACUUACUAAUUAUAAAAAUGUAAAUUAAAAAAAAAUCUUUUUUUUUCUUUUUUUUUUAAUAUUGGACGGAUAAUAGACGCAGUUAGAAUAACGUUAUUGUUAAUAUUUUAUUGUUAAAUAAACCACAAAAAUGUACAGUAAUAAUGGUUGUAUUGUUAUUUUUAUUAUUUUUAUUAUUAUUAUUAUUAUAUAUAGCAACUCCAUAACGGAGGCAAUCGAUUCUCGCGUUAACGCACAUUCAAAUAGUAUGCUACAAAUAUUGUACGAACUAUUAUAUGUGUGUAUGUGUGUGAUAAUUAAAAGAGUUCAGUUUGAAAAGGCUAAAAAAUAAAAAAAAAUUAACAAUAUGUAAAAAUCAAAUAAAAAUAGAGAAAACAGUUUAUAGGUAUUUAUAAUCAUUUUAUAUUUGUAGAAUGACAGUAAUAAUCAUAAUUAUCGUCAUAAUGAUAAUAAUAGUAAUCAUAUAAUUAAUAAUAUUUGCUACAAUAUUCGCAUGUUAGUGUAAUUAUAUUAUAUUAUAUAUAUAAUUAUACAUACACAUACACAUAAUCAUACACAUGUCUCUUUAUCUAUAUAUUAUAUUCAUGUUUAUGUAUGUAUUUGUGUAUGUAUAUCUUUCUUUUUAGAUAUUUUCGUUCAUUCGAUCAUUUUUUUUUCCUUAUGGAGUUUUCAAUAUGUCCAAAAUUAAAAAUGGACAACACCAUAUGUGUACUUCUCUCUCGCUCUCUCUCUCUCCACGAAUAUUCGCUAAUUUCUCUUUCUCUCUCAUACUUAUAUGCACAUUCAUACAUACGUAAUUUAUCUCAUAUAGGCUUCUUGUUUUCUUUUUUCGUAGCGACUAUUUUUUUUUUUUUUUUUUUUACUUUGUGAUCAUUUCUUUCACUGCGUCGCUAAUUAUAUAGGUAUUAAACAAUUUAUCUAAUAUCGUACAAUCAUGAGUAAAGAUUCUUCCAAGAUUUACUUCGACUUGGAUAUUCUUUCUCGUCUGAUAUUGAAAACAUUUUUUUUUUUUUUUUUAUUAAAUAGUUCGUCGUUUUUCAUUUGUCACAUAUAUAUUGUUUGGUUUUCAAAAAUCUGUUUUGUUUUCGUUAUUUCCCUUGUAUUUUUGUUUUAAUAUAGUGCGUUCAACAAUAUGGGCGCCAUUUCGAUCAAGGAAUCGAUUCCUUGUUUGUAUUUUAGAACUAGAAGCGAUAAUUUUCACAUUAGAUUUUUUUUUUUUAACUGAAAAUUCCUCUAGGUCAUUAUUUCUCAUGGCAUAUUAGGCUUUCAAAAAUUUUCUGUUUUUCUGUAUUUAUAUUUUUCUUUGAUAUUUCUUUAUUUUUUGAAAUAUAUUUUUCUUUUUCAAAAUAAUUUAAAAAAAAAAUUGUUUUCUUUAUUAUAUUCUUGUUUUGGCGGUCUUGAAUUGUUUGUUAAAUAUAGAAACAUUAAUUAGUCUUUUAAAAAUGGAAAUUGGCAAUUUGGAAAUUUAAAUUUACCGCCUCGCACUGCGUAUGAUCCAUAGAUCAUAAUGCUUUAAACAUUUUUUUAAUCGCAAAACUUGAUUAUCUCUUUGAGUCAAAAAAUCGUGUGAAAUAUUUUUCACACUGUCAAAAAAGAUUGUUUUCAUUAUUUUCUUUUUAAAUUUCCCCUUUUAAUCUACAUUGAUAUUUUAAUCGACCAUUCGCAUCUAUACUCAAUAAAAUUAUUAAAAAUUGAAAAUAAUUUGGUCGAUUACUUAUUUUAAAAAGACAUAGGUACGAGUAGUUUUUAGGGGGUGAUUGCGAAUUUUAAUCUUUAUCUAUAUACGUUCGGUACUUAUUGUGAUGGCUGUUCUGUUCUGUUCCCUUCAAAAAGUUUAAAAAUUCAAAAUUAAUAAUAAAAUAUUUCAAUUAUUUAUUUGUAAAUAAGUAAAAAAAUGUUUAUAAUCAAAUGAAAGAAUUCCAAAUGAAAAAAAAACAAGUAGAAUUAAGUAAAAGAACAACAUUUUUACAUUAAAAUUUUAUUCUCGAAAUUAGUUUUUACUAAUUUAAAUUUUCGAAAUAAUUUUUUUAUAACUUAAAUUCUGGAAAUAAUUUUGAAAACUCUUAAUUUUGUAAAUCAAAUUAUUAAUAAUGAAAAUUCUCGGUUUUUUAUUUAUAUUGUAUAAUGUCAAUAUUUUUCCACUUUUUGCACUAUUAUUUUAAACAAUUUUGUUUUGUAAACAAUUAUAAUAUAAAAAAAGAGUAUAGGCAAGAAUCAUGGACUGGAAUCGACAAUAUAAUUCAUUCAAAUUUUUUUGAUUUGUUUUUCUAUUUUAUAAAAUCAAACAAAAAAAUAAGACAAAUACAUAUAUUAAAAAAUAUCCUUAUAAUAUAUGUAGUCUUCUGAAAAAUAAAAUAAUAAUAAAGAGGGAAAAUAGUUUUUAAACAAUUUUUUACAAUUAUAAUUUUACAUUUCUAUUAUAAAACAAUAAUUACUAUUAAUAUUAUAAUAAUUAAUCUAAAUUCACCAAAUUAAAUUUGCUAACAUUUGAGUUUUUAUAUAAUUAACUUGUUAUUUAUUAUCAGUCUCCACUAAAUUGACAAGUUAAUUAUUAAUAAACAAGUAAAUAAUUUAACUUGCAAUUUUUCUUUUAAAAUAAUAAUAAAUUAUAGUAAAUUCGCUUAUACACUUACAAUAUUUAACAGCAAAUUAAUUAACAAAUUAUUCACUAAGUUAGUAAAAUCAUCAUAUAAUAAAAAAUAAUAUUGCAGUAAAAACCAUGGACGCUUUUUUUCGAAAAUAGAAAUUAAAUUCUUUUUUUUUCUUUAAAAAUUACUAAUUGUUCGAAGGAAUUUUAAUCUUCUAAGAAAAAAAAUUAAUUAUUCAAUUGCAUUUAUAUAUAAAUUUCAAUAAUCACUCUUAAUUUAAUUAUUGAAUUAUUAUUUGUAAAUUCAAACUUAUUAACGUAAUAAUUAAUUUUAAAAUAUAAUCUUCCAAUAUUUAUUCUGUUUUGAAAAAUUAAUUUUAUUUUCGAAAAAAUUUUGUGUAUCAAAAUUUGUAAUAAAUUAAAUUUAAAAUUUUGCGAUAAUUUUAAUAAUAAUUUUAAUAAUAAUAAUAAUAAUAAUAAUAAUAAUAAUAAUAAUAAUAAUUCUAAAGUAAAAUUCUAUCGAUUUACAAAAUAAUUGUCGAAAAAUGUAAUCGAUUCCAGUUUAUGAUAAAAUUAAAAUUAAUAACAAUAAGUAAAUUAAUAACAAGAGUAAAAAAUAUGACGUUACUGUUGAGUUUUUUUUCUUUUUUUUAAAGAAAACGAAUAUUUUUUUACAACUUGCAUCCCUUUUUAAUAUCUCUUAUAAUAUUAUUUUUCGCAAUUUUUACGAUAUGGCUGCCAUUGACUUUGCCUACUUAUAGUGUUUAUUAUAGUCUACAUUUUAUGUUAAAGUGCUUGUUUUUUUUUUGUUUUUUUUGUUUUUUUCUUUAAAUCUGCCAUCGUUCUUUUGUUAGCCUAUGUACACAGAAUAAACGAUAUUAUAAUCGACAGUGCGAGGAACUCAGAAUGUGUGAAAUUAUUAUUUAUUUAGUUUUUAUUUAAUUUUUAUUUUAUACCUCACAGGUAAAUUGGUCUCUAAAAUUGCAUAUUAACAUCGAGUGAAUCUUGAUCUGUGUGCAAUCAUUUUCUUUUUUCCUACACGUUUAAAUUUAAUCGUAAAAGUAAUUACAUCUAAGUUUUCGAGUUAUUUUCCGAUAGCACUUAUUUUUUUAUGCAUUUUAGUAAUUUCGUAUAUUAUUUACAGAUACAACUCUUUUUUUUUUUUUUUUUUUUUUUUAUCGAUUCGUAUAAGUUUAUCGAGGUCUUUCACGUUCUCAAAUUUCCCAGACUUCCUUUUGUUUAUCUAUAUAAAUAUAUAUUAUGUACUUAAAAGUGGCCCAUUUUAUUCGCAAUGAAAAUUCGCUUUGGUCUAUUGAAACGUUAACUUUAUAAUAUUCAUCGGUAAAAUAACAAAAAAAAAAGUCAAAGUUAGAAACAAAUAUUGAUUAAUUAUUUCAAAAAUUCCUUAAAAAAUGGUUUUUAAAAUAUUUUCUGUCUUUCUUUCGAUAUGAAAUUCGUUUCCUUCUAUAAAAGCUCUGAAAACUUUCGUUCAAUUUUUUAAAGUUUGGUUUUUUAGUGAAAGUUUAUUUUUAUAGAAAUUACGUUUUAUUUGAAAAUCGUAGUUGAAAAGCAAUUUUCAUCUCUCGAUUUGAAAACUUUCUUAUUUCAAUUUUAAUGUUUUGUUAUUUUGAAAAUUUUUUUUUUCACAAAAUUCUUUUUUUCCUGUUGUUUUAAAAAACAUUGAAACAAUUGAAUUUAACAUGCACAUUAAAAAAGAAAAACAUUUUUAAAAAAUUGAAAAUCAAAAGAUAAAAAUUAAAAAAUAUUAAUAAUCAUUUCGCAGGAAUUAUUAAUUAAUAUUAAUUCUGUUUCGAAAUUACUGUCGUUAAUUAUAAAUGACGUAAAUCAUCUUUUACGUCAAUGACACGAGUGAAAAGAAAUUUAUUUUGAAAUAUCUGAAUAGUGACAGUUAAAGUUAAAGCCCAAUGUGUUUAUUAGAAUUAAAAAAAACAGUGAGUUCUUUAAAAAUGAAAAAUAAAAAUUCAAAUAUUCUCUUAUUGAAGACAUGUGCACAAAGAAAUGAAUCAGGAUUUUUUUAUUUAUAAAAAUGAAUUUUAAAUUCUUUAAAUCAAUUUUUAAUAAUUUAUUAAUAUUUCAUUUUUUUCUUCUUACUUUGAAAUUCAUAUUUAGAAAAAGCUGAUUUAAAAUAGCUGUAGAAAUCAUUUUUAAAAAUUUACAAGAUUUUGUUUAUUAAUGAACUUUACUAAUUAUUAUCAUUAUUUUUUUAUUUACUGUAUUAGAAAUAAUAAUAAUAAUAAUAAUAAUAAUAAUAAUAAUAAUAAUAGAAAUCGCCGAACCAUAAAAAUUCCUGAUUUACUUCGUAGGGGUGUAAUUUUGAAAAUUUAAGCUUUUUAAUUACAGCACGAACAAUUUAACUGUAUAUACAUAUGCACAGUCAUACACAAGGUAAUCACACAUGUACACAAUAAUAUGCGCACAUAUGUUAUAUUAUCAUAUAUAUUUAUACAUAUAUAUAUUUAUAACUUUAAUUAAUUUAUUAAUGAUAUAAACAAGUAUUACACUUACAUUUAGCUAGGUUUUUUAUUUGCUUUUUUUUAAGAAGUAGAAGCUAAAUGACGUGGAGCGAAGGAGAGUCGGAGAUUGUGAAACGGAGGCAACGAAAACCGCGCGAGCAGUGUGGAAAUAUUAUUUAAUUUCUCUAAAUCGCAUUUUCGUUUUUUUUUUUUUUUUAUUAUUAUUUUAAUUCUUUACACAACAGCGGCGUCUCUAUAAUUAAUAAUUACUAUUAUUAAAAUUAUCUUCAUAUAUAUGUUUAAUUCAGUUAUAUAUAAAGUAUUUAUAUAUAUAGACUUUCGGUUUUUUUUACACGGGCUCUUUCCCCUUUCCCCCACAAAAAAACCCCCGCCCCAUCCCUUCAAUUUCUCCCCAUUGUCCCAAAUAUUGGUUUCUACCUAACAAAUUACAGUUAUGUGAAAUCCAAGCUUUGCUUUGAUUAAAGCAAAAAAACGCCGAUCGACUCGAUCGAAAAUAAGUCGUCUUCUCGGUUUGUUCUGCGAUGCUCGUUGGUGAUUGCCUUGAAUAUUAAAAUAUAUGAGUAAAAAAAAAAAAAAAAAAAAAAAAAAUAAAAACGGUCAAACAUUCAAGGCUUAUCACAGUCGCCAAAACUUAUUACAACGAUAUCACGCGUCAUUAUUAUUAUUUUUUUUCUCUUAAAUAAAGUACAUAGGGAUUUAUACUAAUCAAGUAAAUUCAUUUAUUAUACUUCAUAUAAUUACGAUAAAUAAUAAUAAUCAACAUUCUAUAUUCGAGUCGUGUGUGUGUGUGUGUUCUACUUUUUUUUUCUUUCAAUCCAUAUAUAUAUAUAUAUAAUCGUCGCUUUAAAACUUUCCAUUUCAAAUUAAAUUUGUUUUUUUUCGCUGCUUUUGAAAUUCUACAAGAAUUUCAAGUGUUUUUUUUAUAGCGCUUGUACAAUCCAUGUUAAUCAAUAUCAAUUUUUUUAUUUUAUUUUGUUGUUAUUGUUUGUACUAAGACAAUAAGCUAGCUGCUUUUAAUUUUACAAAUUCAAAAUUGUCUCCUCGUCAAUAUUUGUGGUUCAAUGGAUAAAAUUAAUUUUACUAUAUAUACUAAGAUAAAAAGCCAGCUUGCUUUACAUUUUUUACAAAUUCAAAUUGUUCUUUUUUCUUCGGCAAUUUAUCAUCUAUAAUUCAUUAAUAUAUUUAUAUAUAUAUAUUAAUGAAUAAAUUUUUUUUUUUAAUAUCACAAAGUCUCCAGCGAGUACGUUUGAGAUCUAAAAGUCAUAGAUAAAGAGUGACUGACAUUUUGAAGAAGAAAAAAAAUUAUAUAGUGUACAUUGUGUGUUUAUACGAUUAAAAAUAUACAGCGAAGCUUUGAAAAGAAUCAAAGUUUCAUGCGAUCGGAGGAAAGGUUAAAUAAUUUAGACAAAACCUGCGUAAAAGCUGUGCCCACUUAAAAAAAGAAGUAAAUUGUUAAAAUCUUAAUGAAUCUAUCAACAUGGAUAAAAAUCUAAAAUGAAUCCUAAGAUCUCUCCACUUCUUUGACCCAGUUUCUUUCAUUCUUUUUUUUUUUUAUUUUUUUCGCCUUCUUUUUCUUUCACAAACUCUGGCACUUUAUUUUUUUUCUCUCUUUCUCUCUCUCUCUAUUAAAAGUAUUCCACCUGCGACAGUCAAUUUCUUUAAAGAUUGAUGUAGAAAAUUGGAAAAAUAUUUAAAAAUAAUUUUUAUUUCACUUAUUUUUUCUUUUCUCCUUAGUUUUCCGACUUGUUUUUACCAUGUCUUCAAUAUAUUUUUCUGUUUUCUUCACUUUAUUACUUUUUUCCUCUCACGGAAAAAAGAAAAAAUAGAAAAUUAUUUUUUUCCCUAUCUGAUUGAGAAAAAUAAAAAAAUAUAGUAAAAAAAGUUCACAUUUUAGAAAAAAGAAAAAAAAGUUUUAUUUUCUAUCAAAUCUUUAAGAGAAAUAAGUUGAUUUUAUUGAAAAAUCAUUUCUAAUUGUCAAAAUUAAUAAUAUAAUAUUUUACAUUUUUUUUACAGUUUUCCAUUAAUUAAAAAAAAAAAUUGCCAAUAAUUAAUUUUUAUUCAUUAAUUGCUUAAAAUUAUUAUAUAAAAAAAAUCUCAUACUAAUAAUUAAUUUUAUUAUUAUUUUGUAAAUUACAAAAUUUAGAUAUUGUAUAAUUUAUUUUUUAGAAACAAAUUAAUUUAAUUAAUUAAUAAUUAACUUUAACGUUAAUUAUACAAAUUCCGAAAAAUAUACUAUUUAAAAAGUUUUCCAAUUUUCAGCAUCAGUUGUCAAAAAUUGCCUACAGGCGUAAAAUCUUUUUUUGAAACAAAAAAAAGAAAAUAAGAUGCUUCUGCUUAUUCCCAGAAAAAAAAUGAUAUGUAGACCGAGUGAUUAAUCAAGGUUGCAUAGCUAGUGGAUAAUGUACAAAAAAAAGACAAUUGUUCACGUCUACCAAAAAAGAGGGGAGGGGGGAAACUCGUAGUCUAUGUACAAGAUAAGGCAUAAAGAGACAACUUUUUUUUUUUUUUUCUCAAAGACGUUUAGCAAAAUUUUGA